GCCCUGUCUUUUCUUUUAUCAUAUGUUCGUAACCGCAUGAGUUCGAGUUGAGUUUUGAUCCAGACGUUUCUGUUCUCUCUUUGUUCUAGAUGGAGGGAUCCGGCGUGUUGGGCAUCGUCCACGAUUUGGCCAAAGACGCCAAAGUGCCGCCUGAAAUGAUGAAUAAACACAUCGGUAAGCUCCAAGAGUCGGUGGGACUCUUGUCCGGAUCAAUGCAAGACUUAUCCCACAAGAAACUUCAGGACCUAUCGAAUCAAGCCGAGAAUCCGUCCGAUUUUGUGGCCAAGUUCAAGGACGCGAAUUCCCACGGCGUGUCCAAUUUAGUGCCCAUGAUGGAAAUCCUCCACGGGAUAUGUCGAGACGACCGAACGAAGGCUCUCUUUUCAAAGUCCAAGCGACCCCCUCCAAUAAUGAGCGCAGCCAAUGAGUCCAGCUAUCGAGCCCUGAAGGAGAAACUCUUGCAGCAGGUCGGUCCAUUGAGCGUUCUGGACAAUCAGAACGCCCCUCAGCGGAGCAAGCGAUUGUUCCCCGACAGGCCGUACAUGACCCUGGAUUACCUCUGUGAUGACCUCAUGAUCAAGGGCAAUUUUGGACCUCUGGGCAAGAUCCCCGUCGUUUCCCAGGAAUCGGCCAUUAUUGAGGACCUUCUGUACUGCUUCAUAGGGAUUGAGGGCUCUCACAUCAAACCGAUCAAGAACGCGAGCACCGGUCAAGUGGACCUCAAACUGGACCCCAGCAUGGACCCUAGCUUACGCGAGCUGGUCCAGCGAAUAGCGCCCUUGUGCCAGCAUUACUCGACCAUCGUCCAGUUCGCCGAGGACUGGUUCCAACAGGGCUCGGGACGAGUCAACCAGGCCCUCUCCGGGGCCUUGUACCAAGUCAUCAAGGACUACUACAUCUUCGUCACGCAACUGGAAUCCCAGCUUCGUCAACACGAAUUGACUCUGAACAAGCUGUGGUUCUACAUCCAGCCCACGUUGAGCACCAUGGCCAUGGUGGCGGAAUUGUGCCGCAAUUGCGAGACCAUGGGCGCUCGUGGAGGCAAGACCUUGAGUCUGUUGCACCAAUUGGUCACGUGUCAAACGGGCAAUGAGAAUUGCAAGGCCGUGGCCGAGUUCCUGGUUAAGGCCGCGGCCAAGCCGUACUUUGAGAUACUGAGCCGUUGGAUUCAUCGAGGGAUGAUUUCGGACUCCGGAAAGGACUUCUUCGUGGAGGAUAAUGAGGUGAUCGAUCGGACUAUCUUGCCUUUGGAGUACUCGGACGACUACUGGGAGCGGCGCUACACGUUGAGGAUGGAUCAGAUCCCCGCGUUCCUUCACAGCUCCUCGGACAUGAUUCUCCGCACAGGCAAGUAUUUGAAUGUGAUCCAACAAUGCGACAAGUCCAUCAGAUGGCCGGAAUCCGUGGACGAGGUCCAGUACAUGGCCAACCCGGAUCAGUACACGCCCCUCCUCGAAAAGGCCCACGCCUUCGCGUCCAAAACGCUCUUGGACUUGCUGGUCAAAGACCGAGAUCUGAUUGGUCAUCUACGCUCCGUCAAGCACUACUUCCUCUUGGAUCAAGGGGACUUCAUCGUUCAGUUCAUGGACUUGUGUGAGAAGGAGCUGCUCCAGAACGUGAACAAAGUGGAACCGGCUCGAUUGGAAUCGCUCUUGGAGUUGGCCCAACGCACCUCGGCCGCCAAUACCGACCCCUAUAAAGACAAUGUAGGCGUGGAACUCCUGCCCUAUGACCUGAUCUUUCAAAUGUGCAAGAUCCUGUCCAUUGAUACGGAUUCUGAAAUGGACUUUAAAACUCCGAGCAACGCUUCGGAUCUAACGGGAUUGGAGGCGUUUGCCUUUGGCUACGACGUCCAAUGGCCGAUCUCGUUGGUGUUGAACCGGAAAUCCUUGGCGUGCUACCAGAUGCUGCUUCGGCAACUGUUCUAUUGCAAGCACGUGGAACGACUUCUCUCGAGUGUGUGGAUCUCCACCAAGGUGUUCAAAUGUUAUCCCACCGAUCAGUAUUCCCAAUACGCGGCCAGCUUCGCGCUUCGACAGAAGAUGCUGAACUUCUUGCAGAAUCUCGAGUAUUACAUGACCUUCGAGGUUCUGGAGCCUAAUUGGGAGGCCAUGAUCGCCAAAAUCCGAAGUGGAAAGAUUGCCAAUGUGGAUCAGGUUUUAGAGAUCCACUCCGACUUCUUGUCCACGUGCCUAAAUGAUUGCAUGUUGUCCUCGCCGCAAUUGCUCACCACCGUACGGAAACUCUUGGGCGUUUGCGUGGAGUUUGCCAGUUUUAUGGAGGUGGUAGCCCAAUCCUGCGAUGAACUGGACACGUUCCACGACGAGGUGGCCAAAUUCGACCUGCGGUUCAAUUCUGUAUUGUUCUCUCUGUUGGAUCGGAUCGCUCAAAUGGGCCGAGAGAACUACAAUGAGCGCAUCAUGAACAUUCUACAUCGUCUCGAUUUCAAUGGGUUCUACACUCAAGCCUUGGAUCAGUUCGGAUGCACGCCUUAAACCGAUGGUGGUUAAUAAAAUGAAACGUUUGAGAUUCUA